AUGAGAAAUUCUCACAAAAUGUGGAAACAAAUCGCCCAAGAAGCGCAGGCACUCCGUGACGAAACACUUGCGGAAGUUGGAGUCAACAUCCAAAUCCCAGCUCAGCUUUCAAGAAACGUUACCGAUAUCCCUGAUAAAGUAUUAUCUGCUAGCAGUGCUAGAAUAACAUCUUUAGCGCCUCAAGAGAUUAUCACCCUGGCAUCUGAACGCAAAAUCUCUGCUCAAGAGGUAGUUCAGGCCUUUCUGGAGAGAGCCGUCAUUGCUCAGAAUCUUACAAACUGCCUAACUGAACUUCUCCCUCAACGAGCCAUCUCCCAAGCUAUUGAGCUCGAUGGUCGCCUCCUAGACAAUUCAACUUCGCUUGGGCCGCUUCACGGGCUGCCAGUGAGUAUCAAAUCUCACAUCGGCAUUGCAAAUCGACCUCUUUCGUCUGGCUACUGUGCUCCAUUCCAUUCACGUCCACACCCUGAUGCUGAUGCGCUGGUGGUCCAAAUUCUUACACGGGCCGGAGCCAUUGUCCAUGCUCGAACAACGGAGCCGCAGAGCAUGAUGCAGCUUGAGUGCGCGUCGAAUCUCUAUGGAGUCACCACGAAUCCUUAUUCCAACAUCCUUAUGUCUUCAGGCGGCUCGUCAGGAGGAGAAGCUGCGCUGAUUGCAUUGCGCGGCUCCGUAUUAGGCGUCGGCAGUGAUGUAGGCGGAUCGAUCCGCGUUCCAGCCGCUGCUUGUGGGAUUUAUGGACUGAAGCCAACCUCAUUUCGGGUACCAACUACUGGCUGGAGUAGCACUCCGCCCGGAGCUGAUCCAAUUGUCACUGUUUUGGGUCCGAUGAGCGUCAGCCUGGAAGGCCUAGAGAUCUUUAUGAGAGUCAUGGCGGCUGCAGAGCCGUGGCACAUUGAGCCAGCAAUAAUACCACUGUCUUGGAGGGCGGUCGAUAUUACCCCGAGCAGAGAAAAGCCAUUACGUCUAGGUAUUCUAUGGCAUGAUGAAGUCGUUAAGCCACACCCACCAAUAACGAGAGCGCUGAGAGAGCUUGUAGACAAAUUGAGCAAUAUACCGCAUGUAGAAGUGGUCAACUUUCCGCCAUAUAAACAUGACGAGGCGUGGGCCAUUGCAUCGAGCCUUUACUUUACCGAUGGAGGUGAAGCUGAUCUGGCCGUUAUGGCUGAAUCCGGUGAACCGCUGCUAUCGUUGACCGAGUGGAUCAUCAAAGACAACCCAGGGGUUAAGAAGUUGAGUCGAGAUGAGCUAGAAUACUGGCUAGAAGAACGAGAGGAAUUCCGGAUGGAAUACUCGCAGCACUGGAACAAGACUGGAGUCUUCAACAAAGCUUUGGGCGCUUGGGAAAACACUGUGGAUGCUAUCAUCUGCCCCGUGGCGCCUGGGGUAGCUACGAAGCACAACACGGCCAAAUACUGGACAUACACUGCGGUGUGGAACUUGCUCGACUAUCCGGCACUUGCUUUUCCCGUCGGUAAAGUUGACAAAACGAUAGAUGUUAAGGAGAAUAGGAAGCGUUUCAUGAGCCACUUGGACAAGGAAAGUUGGAAAUUAUAUCGCCCCGAGCUAUUCCAAGACAUGCCGGUCGGAUUACAGAUGGUUGGGCGAAGAUUUGACGAUGAAACAGUUAUUGCUAUUCUCAAAUUUUUAGAGCAGAAUAUUUAG